GCUUCAUUGAUGACGGGAGAGCACAUUUCUAAAGGGAUAACCAAGGUUGUUGGUGUGCAGCGAGGGUCUUGCAGGCGGGUGGCUGAAGGCGGGCUUCCUGGAGCAGACGCGUCCUUCUGUCCUUUUGUACCCCCCCUCCCCCUCCCUGUGUGUUCCCCCAUGUGUUAGUGACCCCGCAAACCCACCUGACCCCAUCUGCUCCCCGUGUCGUGCCGCCGCCCUGACUUGUAGCCGCCCUCUCACCACAUGCUUGGGACAAAGCCAGCUCACUGCCAGCCCAAUGACUGCCUGGAUCGUCCUGCCGGUCAGCCUGUCUGCCUUCUCCAUCACGGGAAUAUGGAUCGUGUACGCCAUGGCUGUAAUGAAUCACCACGUUUGUCCUGUGGAGAACUGGACCUACAAUGUAACAUGCACAGAGGAGCUGCUCCGACCAGGCUUUCCUAAGACCUGUUGCACUAUCCAGGACAUCCCCCUCAUCAGUAAAUGUGGUUCUUACCCUCCCGAAAGCUGCCUGUUUAGCCUCAUUGGCAAUGUUGGAGCCUUCAUGGUGUUGAUGGUGUGCCUUCUGCGCUACGCCCAGGUGAUCGAGCAUAGCCACGGAUGUUGGGUCAACACCUGCGCUCUGGUGGCGGGCUGCAUCAACGCAGUGGGUCUGGUCAUGGUGGGCAACUUUCAGGUUGACCACGCCAAGUCUCUUCACUAUGUGGGCGCCGGCGUGGCCUUCCCAGCGGGGCUGCUCUUUGUGUGCCUGCAGUGCGUGCUCACCUAUCGGGUGGCCGUCACCGCCCUUGACUACUGGAUGGCUCACUUCCGCGUGGCUCUGGCACUCGGAGCUAUGGUGUCCCUCAUACUCAGCGGCAUCUUCUUUGUGCACGAGAGCUUCACACUCCAGCACGCCGCAGCUAUCUGCGAGUGGGGCUUCACCGUGGACAUCCUGGUCUUCUACGGCACCUUCACCUAUGAGUUCGGCACGGUCACCGGCGAGACCAUGAUGACCGGGCUGCAGCACUGUCUCCGCCAUGGCUCCGGGGUGAUCUUGGGCCCCGGGGCCCGGGACUCCACGCUGAGCGGGGCUGCGAAGGGUCUUAAGUCGCCCGGGGGCAGCAGCACGUCCACUCAUCUCAACUGUACCCCUGAGAGUAUAGCCAUGUUGUAGCCCUUCGCGGAGAAGCUCUGUGGAUGCCUACCACGUGGAUGACGGAGAUGACCGAGGUAGCAUACCAAGGGAGAGACUAGUUCUGUUUUAGAACAAAUUCAAUCAACACCCGUAAUGCUGUAAUAACUCCCCCCUCUCCCUACAAUUAAGGUGCCAACCAGAUUGAUUGGUGAGCAGGUGCAGUCUAAAAAGAAUUUGAGGAAGUCAUACAAAAAGUGAAGCACCACGACCUUGACCUACAAGUGCCCCAACUUGCAACACCCCGCAAAAAAGUCCUUCCACUCUCAAUUCAGUGCAUAAUUCUUUUGUUUGGCGUCUUAUUAAAUUCAGCAAAAAAGGCAUUUGUUGUGAUGCUGUAGGACCAUGUCAAUGUUCUUUGAGCGCUGAAUGUUUCCAAGAUGGUUCCAAUCAUGAUGUUUUUACUUUGUUUAUAUUUGUCUUCGUGAUUUUGUUGUUUUAAAAUGAAAUGCGGGCGUGUCUGUUUGCAGGACGAGGCACAACUUGAAGCAGUUUUUGUUUUUCUUUCAAAGUUGGUGGAAGGUUGAAUCUUGGACCGUGAACUCUUUUCGAUUUAGAAUUGGGCAACAUUCCGUUGGUGUUUCGGAAGCUUACCUGAAAAGUGUUGCGAUCUGUAGUUGGACAACGAGGUUGCCUUGAUGGACGAAAUAUUUUUAUUUUAUUUUUUACAAGUUUCAUAAUUUUAUUGGGUGCUGUGGCCUUGCUUUAAUGUCAGAAUGUUGACAGCAGUUAACGGCCUUGUUUAGCUUUCAUUAUGGCACGUCGAGUAUUAAGUUGGAUCAUCGUUUCUCUUCCAAAUGCUUUGAAUUUGAAGCCUUUUUCUAAUGUUGAUCCUUGAUCAGAUCAGCUGCCCUUGUGUUUGAGCAGAUGGAGCCAUGAUGGCCCAUAAGCUGCAUGAUUGUUUCAUUCUACAUUUUAGGACAUGUUCACACUAGGCCAUUUGUAUUGUGCUUGAGCCCACUUGACGCCAAUAAUGUUUUUAAAAUUGGACCAUGAAUAUAGAUAGGUGUGACUGUAAGACAGUGGAGGAGAGAAAGUGAAGGGAAGUCUUGCACCCAAGUCCAGUACCAUUCAAAUUGCCCAUUGUAAUUGCACGCUUAGUAUAGACAAUACAGCUACUACUAAUUUGGGAUGCCCAGAAGGGAAAUUCAAUCUAUAGAAGAGAAUGACCUCCACCCAUGAAACAAACAGGACUAAACCACUAACAAAAAAAGUCAACACAUUCUACUACUCACUGCAUCAGUCAUGACAUCAUCUGAUCGAUUAGCUACUGCGGAAUUUAUUCAGUUUGAGUUUUAACGCUUUCACUUUGAGUUUGGCUGGAACUUGUUGAAACUUGUUCCUUUGUACGUAGGAGAGACAAACUCAGUAUCUUGCUCAAAGCCAUCCAGUUUCUUCUUUAUCGAAUUCUAUCAUCAAGAUAAAACUGUGUGCUCAUGUCAUGUUCCUAGUACCUCUUUGCCGAUUUUGAUUGAUUUAUGUUUCCAAAAAGUGGACACAUUUGUGAGUAAAUGGAUUUAGCCUUAUCCCUCAUUAUGUGCCAGAGGAACAUGUUUCCUUUUUUUGGGAGUUUGUGUUGAGCCUUAGCCAUGUUCACCAUUUUGGUCACAUUGUGUGACUUUUACAGGCAGCUGUAUGUACGAGUAUCAUAGUAUGAGCCAUCACAGCAGGGUUGGAUUUAUUAUUCUCUAUGGCAUGUACUACCCUGCGAUUAGCUGGCGACCACUCCAGAGUGUACACCGCCACUCGCCCCAAGUCAGCUGGGAAAGGCCCCAACUCAUCCGUAACCGUGAAUGGCUGGUGUGAACUCUGAUCACAGACACACGAUGAAUUUGACUUGUGUCAAAUGAGAUCCCCAAUUACACACUUGUUAUUGAUUUCUUUACAUUCUGUAAAUAUGUAUGCUUUGUCUAUCAGUUAGGUAUUUUAAUUUGACAGAGAUUUAUAUUAAAAUCUGAAAUAAAAUCUUAAAUUAUGA